AUGGUUGCCUGCGACAAGUGUUUUGUUUGGCAGCAUAUGGAAUGCACUGAUUACAAGGAAGAAGUAAAUUCAGCAUAUCUUUGCGAACAGUGUGCGCCUGAACAUCACCCUUAUCUUAAAUAUGGUUUCAGAACUUACAUUGAAUAUGCAAAAGCCAAAAAGAAGGAGCCAAGGGAGAUACAGAAUCAUCAAGCAGAGCAGCCAGACCACUCAAAUGUCAAUAAUACCACAACAACGAACUCCACUCUUACUAAUGGUCACAGUCGACGUCGUUCAACUGCCAGGUCACACUCACAAAAUGACAUUGACUUCUCUUUCGAGUCUUCGUCUCCAACUAGUCGACAGAAUGCUAACAGCAACACCACGCACAGAAAGUCAUCCUCGAAACAGGGUGACCAUCAAUUGAAUGGAAUUAAUAGUUCGGUAAAAGCACCGAAAAGAAAACAGUCAGUCAGUUCCCUUAGUGGGGAUGAAUCACUAAUCAAUGAUAGUAAUAAUAACAAUCACAAAUUCAAUAAUGACAUAGCGAGCUCUAAUGAUAAUCAUAAUAGCAUUAAAACUAAUGGUGGUUCUAAUAAUCAUAAUGUGUCGUCGUCCUCUUCGCACAAACAACGUACUCGAAAAUCAAAAAAACAGAAACAGCAGCAUAGAAUCGCGAGCAGCUCAGAUGUUGAACUAAUGUCUGAGCCUGAAGAAUUACUGGAUAUUAGUGACGCUCAAUCAGAGAUUAAAUUAUCACCGCAUUCAUCAUCAGUAGAAGUCCACCAUAUUAAUGGCGAAUGUAUCCAUGAAGAUCGUGAAAAAGAAUCCAAUUUUGACUUAACUACUAAACAAAAUAUAGAAGUUAAAAAACCUAAACCCAAGAGAUCGAGGUCAGCACUCGCAGCUGAGAACAUGACAGUCGAACAGAUGUUGGAGAGAGUGCGACGCAUGGCACAAUAUGUUGAAAAAUUUGAAAAUGAACGCGCUUCUCGUCAAAACAUCAAUAAUUUUAAUACCAAUAGAUUGGUAAGUGACGAAGAAGAGACGUCUGGAAGUAUCAAAAGGAAAUCUCGAGAAGCUACUAGUUCCUCGGCGUUACCUGUUUUGAUAACACCAUCGCCAAGUGAUCACACCAUGACACCUGAACCAUACUUCGUGUCUUCACCUCUCGAAUGCGACGUAGCAAUUUCGCCUCUCGAAUGUGACGUAGCAAUGUAUAGUCCUCCAACUACCGAAAACUCAUCUGAAAAAGAAGGUCCAACAUUGUUUGACCAAUGCGAGGAAUUGAGGAAACGAAUUCUUCGAUUCGAGCAAACUUAUGGCGAUCAGAUACGAGCUGACGAUGAACAAAAAAUAAUAAUAUAA